GUGAAAGUGUAAGCAUUAGGAAUACGAAGUUCCUUUGAGGUAUUUUCAAACAUCAUAAAAGGAUUAAGUCGCUAAAACCUGACUAAAAAUGAACAGAAACGUAAGUUCAGAAGAUGAAGAGCUUUUGAAGGAACUGGAUACCGAUUGGGAUGAAAGUAUAAUAGAGGACUUAGAAAAGGUAGAACAAGAUCACAUAGCCGAGAACAAUGUAGAAGACCCCACACCUGAGCAGUUAGAUGUUCUGCUGAAGAAUUUUGGCCAUAACGAAUUUCGACCACUGCAAUGGAAGAUAAUCAGCUCGAUAAUAAACAGAAAAAGGGAUAACUUGGCUAUCAUGACAACUGGCUAUGGAAAAUCAUUGUGUUUCCAGUAUCCACCUGUUUAUAUGGAAGGGAUUGCCAUCGUUAUUUCACCUUUAAUUUCCUUGAUGCAAGACCAAGUUCUAUCUCUAAAGGUACUUGAGUUUAGACAUUCAACAAUGAGCUUUUGAAGUCCUUUUUUCUCUGUAAUGAUUAUUGUUCAACAACUGAGCAGCAUAGUUGUAGUAGUAAAAAACAUACAGUUUUUGUUUUUUCUGAGGAACGGCAAACUUUUGUUUAAAUGUGUGUGUCUAUACUGGGCUACUAGAUACACCAUCAAAAAUACAUAGUAGUAGGCAGGUGGGUGUCGGUGAUUGCAUGGCAUUGUACCUUGUUUUGAGUGCCAUCUAAAGAAAGCAAUCUAUACUAACUGAAUUAUUAUUGUUGGUUGUAAAUCUAAACACAAACAACAAAUCAUUGUGAAUACAUCUUUGACAUAGACCCAUCAAGUUCAAUAUAUUCAGUGCUUCUGUUUGGAAGGCAAAACUAGGCAUUCAAGUAUAUUAAUCCUGAUUGCAAACAUUCCAGCUUGCCUUCUAGGAUCAGCAAAUAAGAAGCAGGGGCAGACAAUUAAAGAGAUUUUUGAAAAUAUGUAUAAGAUUGUAUAUCUUACACCUGAGCUGUGCUGUGGUGACAUGGGAAAAGGGCUGUUGCGUGAUAUGGUGUCCAAGUUGAAAAUCGUACUCGUCGCCGUUGACGAAGCUCAUUGUGUCAGCAGCUGGGGUCACGACUUCCGUUUGCAAUACCGACAAUUAGGCAUCUUGAAGGAAUUGAUGCCGGGUGUCCCAGUAUUGGCAGUCACUGCUACAGCUACUCCUGUUGUAAUGGAUGAUAUCAUCAAGGUUCUGAAGCUCAAAAAUGCGCAAGUAUCAAAAUCUGGAUUUGAUAGGCCGAAUUUUUAUUUUGCUGUUAACUACAGAUCAGACAAUCUAAAAAGAGAUUUCAGGAAAUACAUGAUCUAUGAAAAUGGGAGAUAUUGUUUUUUGGGACCUACAAUCAUAUACUGCAUUACAAGAAAGAAAACUGAAGAGAUAAGCGACAGGUUGAAUGGUCUUGGGAUGGAAUGCUUACCUUACCAUGCUGGUCUACCAUUGAAGCUGAGGAAAGAGGUGCAUGAAAAGUUUGUGAAAGAUAAAGUGCCCGUGAUAACAGCAACUAUAGCUUUUGGAAUGGGCAUCGACAAACCCGAUGUCCGAAAUAUCUUUCACUACGGCAUAUCGAGUAGCUUAGAAGGAUAUUUUCAAGAAGCUGGCAGAGCUGGGAGAGAUGGUAUGCCGGCGAGGUGUGUUGUUUUUUGGAGUGAAACGGAUUUUAAUAUUUAUAGAUCAAUAUGGGAACAUUCAAGAUACGGUGCUAAUACACUAGAACGAAAGGAAAAGAGUUUGGAAAUCAUUGAAAGAUACGUAAAUUUUACUGAUUGUAGAAGAAAAUUUAUUAUGGCAUAUUUUGAGGAUAAUCCAAAUGUAUUUGUCCCGAAACGCCUGGACUGCUGUGAUAACUGUAUGAUAAAUAACAUUGGUGCCGAAUCCAGAGUAAAUGAAUAUAAGGAACUCGAUGACGAGGGUAAAUUCAAUUUUACAGACCAUGCGAAAAAAUUCCUCGCCGUUGUGAAUGAAUUGCAGGGACAAUACGGCAUGGUCAGCUACGCGACUUUCCUUCUCGGUCAAAAUGGAAAGAAGUUUUCCAGAUUUUGCGAUAGUCCUUUGUUCGGUUCAGGGAAGGAUAAAAGCAAAACUUGGUGGAAGGAGUUAGGUACAAUGUUGUUAAAUAAAAAAUAUCUAGCCCAAACGUCGUUCGAAUUUGGAAAAUAUAUCGUAGAUGUCACUAGAGAAGGAAACAAAUUUUUACAAGGAGUGCAUUCCAGACUAAUCGAACAGCCGACUAUACCAAUGUUAGCCGAUUUCGAACUCAAGAGCGAUGCUUGGCUAUCCAAGGACAAAUACGGCAAAAUAAGUCAAGAUACAACACAAAAAGGCAGGAUUAUGAUUCUUACAAAUAGAGGUCGACCCAGUACGUCAGCAGAAGUAGAUUUAACGCAAUGUUUGACCCAAACACAGUCGUCCUCAAUAAACCCGAAGUUGUAUUGUGAGUUGGUCAACAAGAGGCAAGAACUAGCCGAUAUCGAAGAUUGUGCUCCAUACAUGAUUGCUUCAAAUAAAGCACUGUUAGCUAUGUCUGAUGCAGCUCCAGAAAAUUUGCAGCAAUUGAAGGACCUGAAAUUGCAUGGUUUUACGCAAAAUAAGCUGCGGAAAUAUGGGCCGAUGUUUUUAAAAGUAACAGCAGAAUUCGCAAAGAAAUUUCUGAUUAUGAAACGCAAAGAAACGGUAACCUCUGCAAGUACAUCCUUGGGAACAGAUCUGAUGGAUAUACUGAAGUCAAAUCCGUUACCGUCUGCAAAACGACUCACGAAUUCUGCUAUUGCAUCAUACGAGUACUUCAGCAGUGGACUUAGUUGUGAACAAAUAGCGGAUAAAAGGUGUUUGGGCCUUACGACAGUAAAAGAGCACAUACGCGAUUGUAUGUUGUGGGGAUAUCCUAUCAAAUUGUCUAAUUACGUAUCCAAGGAUAACGCAAAUAUCGUACUCGAUGCAAUCAAGAAAGGAGGAAUGGAUGAGUUAUUGCACAUCAAAGCUAAUUGUCCCGAGGAGAUUACGUAUGAUGAAAUUAAAGCAGUCGUGAACUAUGUUAAAAUAAGAGAACACCUGAAAGAGCUUGGGUUACAAUAUACGGACUUCGAGGAUUUUAAAUACGUUUCAAUCUUCUCUCUGAAAAGCGAUGAAAUGAAAGAAAAUUCCGACUUUAAGACAGAGCCAGAAGAUAAGUUUACAAUUGAUCUUCUCGAUGAAAAAGUGGAGGAAGCAGCUUCGAAUUCAAAUACCAUGCCGGAACAAGAAUACAUCAAUACGUCUAUUGAGCUGGAAGACGUAAAAUUGGAAGAAAUUACUAUAAAAUUAUCUUCGACGUCUGAUGUUGCUAUGAUGUAUCCAGAUGUACCUGUUCCGAAGAAUUUGGGCUGCAUAACAAACAAUAUUAAUGUUGAACUCGGCAUGAAUGAUAUAGGACCUGACGUCGACGGCAAUUUCGAUUUGACACACCACGCUAAAAAAUUUCUCGCUGUCGUGUACGAAUUGGAAGGACGCUUCGGUAUGGUGAGCUACAUAACAUUUCUUCGCGGUAGUAAGGAAAAGAAGUUUCACAGGUUUUGUGAUAGUCCACUGUGCGGUUCAGGGAAAGAUAAAAGCGAUACGUGGUGGAGAGAAUUAGGUGACAUGUUGUUAUCUGAAAGAUAUUUAGAAAAAACGCCAUUUGAUGACUUUGGAAACCACUUGGUGCACGUCACUAAAAAAGGACACAACUUUUUGCAAGAUGCACAUUCUAAACUAGUCGAAAGCUCGAGUGCACUAAUGUUAGCUGAAGACAUUAAGAGUCAAGAUCGUAAAGGUAAGAUUAUUGCUGGUCGACCCGCGUCAUCGACGGAUUUAACACAAUGUUUAACUCAAGUACAAUCGGAUUUACUAAAUCCGCGGUUGUAUUCUGAAUUGGUUGACAAGAGACUAGAACUGGCUGAAAUUGAAGAUUGUGAUCCAUGCAUGAUCGCCUCAGACAAAGCACUGUUAGUUAUGUCUGAUGCGGCGCCGCAGGAUUUCGAGCAGAUGAAAUAUCUGAAAUUAAACGAAUUCACACAGGCCAAGCUGGAGAAGUACGGUCCCAUGUUUCUGAAAGUAACAGCAGCGUUUGCGGAUAAAUUCCUGAAUAGGAACACUGUUACGCCUAACGCAAACGCGUUCCUGAGGACAGAUCUCACAGAAAUAUUGAAGUCACAUCCGUUGCCGCAUACAAAACGUCUAACCAAUUCAACAGUUGCAUCAUACGAGCACUUUAGUUCUGGACUAAAUUUUGAAGAGAUAGCGGAGAAAAGGUUUUUGAGCCCGGCGACGAUAAAGACUCACAUAUAUGACUGUAUGCUGUGGGGCUAUCCCAUCAGGUUGUCUAAUUUUGUAUCAAUGGACAACAUUGGGAUAAUACUCGAAGCAAUAAAGAAAGGAGGAACGGACAUGUACUUUAACGUCAAAAUCAAUUGCCCAGAGAGAAUCACAUACGACGAGAUCAAACCGGUCGUCAACUAUGUUAAAGUAAGAGAACACCUAAAACGACUUGGAAUACAAUAUACGGACUUUGAAGAUUUUGAAUACGAUACAAUCUCAUCCAAAUAUCUAGCUGAUCAGAAUAACGAUAAUGUGAAUGGGAAGAAUAACUCGACAGCUUCAAACUCUGAACCGGAAGAUAAUACGUUGACUCAGUUUAUAGAUAAGUUGAAAGAAGCUUAUGAUGACAUUCCUACUCAAAAUACAGUCGAUGAUAAUGCGAAAGUGGAGACUAUAGAUCUAGACUGCGACUCGGAAAGCAAAUCUUCCGAAGAGGAGGCACGUCGCGACCAGUUGUCCGAGUUCAUAGAGCAUAUGGAAACAGCUUAUAAAGGUGUAGUCAAAACGAUAGUUGACAGCGAACACGAUUACACAGAAACUGGCGAGCUAAAUAUUCCUCCAACUUGUCCAGUUGGUAGAUUAAAUGGCGAUGAGGUGUUGAAGGUUAACGGAAUAGAACCGUCUCAGUUCGCAGGGGAAUCACAGAAAAUGAAACGUGCAGUCGUAAGGGUUAAAGGUGUAGUUAAAACGAUAGUUGACAGCGAACACGAUUACACAGAAACUGGCGAGCUAAACAUUCCUCCAACUUGUCCAGUUGGUAGAUUAAAUGGCGAUGAGGUGUUGAAGGUUAACGGGAUAGAACCGUCUCAGUUCGCAGGGGAAUCACAGAAAAAGAAACGUGCAGUCGCAAGGGUUAAAGAUGAGGUUUUGAAGAUUAAUGGGAUGGAACCGUCUCAGUACGCAGAGGAACCACUGGAGAAAAAACAGAAGAUAGCUACGAACGCUUCGGCUGAUUCUGGUACAGACACCUUGGAGUCUGUUGGGGGUGAAUUUGAUAGCUCGAUAGACUAUGCUUUACUAGAUUCGCCAUAGGGUAAAAUCAUCACCCAUAUGAAGUAGAAUAUAGUGCCAUAUGCCAUCAAAUGAAUGAUUGAUAUAUGACUAGUUGUUAUUUUGUUGUAUUAAAAAGUUUAUUUAUCAAUCGUACAGGAUAAGCUGGUUAUAAAGUUAAAUGAUCAUUCCUUUGGUUUACGCAUGCGACUUAACAAGGUAAGACUUUUCAUGUUGUGUGCAUGUUUAUUGAAUCUCAAGAAAUAGUUUAUUCUUAACAAAAAAUUAUUUUCUGAAAAAAACGGUAUGGGGACGACCUCGAAUGUUAGACUCCAAAUAUAAUGUAGAGAGAAAUGUUGAAGUAUUUUCUGUUAUAUUUUUAUGAAAUGUCCGGAAAGUACGUAUAGAAGUGGAAUGAUUGUUUUACAAUUGUUCAGGUAUUUCAAUAUGGUCUCCUUCAAAGUACCCCCUGAGACAAGAUGCACUUCCGCCAACGUCGUUUCCUCUGUUGAUAUUCUUCUUCUUUGUGAGGCUCUUCAUUUGCCGUGUCGUUUCUGCCUUGAUGUAUUCUACAUCCCCCAAGUGCCACUCCCGAAGCACCAUUUUGUAUUUUGGGAACAGGAAAAAGUGGCAAAGGGCUAAAUCGAGUGAAUAAGGCACGGUGAUUGAACUUCGGACCAAAAUCUCACGCACUAGUGUGAGCAGGCGCGUUGUCGUGAUGAAGGAUCCACCUGACUCACUGCCAAAUCCGGUCGAACUCGGGCCACACGAGCCCUGAAACGACGCAAAACUCAAUGUAGAAAUUUCCGUUCACUGUCUGGUCAAUUCCUGGUGAACAAUGCCCCGAGAAUCGAAGAAAACAAUCACAUUGGACCUUGAUUUUUUCGUGUUUUUUGUUCUCGGUUCUCUGCUUGCUCUCACUCCAUGCUUUGAGAUUGCAGCUUUACAUCGAAUUAGUAGAACCAAGAUUCGUCUCCAGUGAUGACCCGGUUGAGUCCCCCAUUUCCUCUGCUUCCAACCAGCAAGCAACCCUCCUUGCUAUCUGUUUUAGAUUCAAGAGAUUGGAACGAUUUUCGCGCGCAAUUUUUUCAUUUCAAGUUUUUUCCGUCAGAAUUUCGUGGACGAUUGUUUUGGGGAUUGACAGUUCCUCAGCUAUCGUUCUGUCAAUAGACGGUCUUUAAGAACGCAGCCUCGAAUUCGUUCAACAUUUUCCUCAGAGCUCGAUGUGAAGGGGCGACCUGUUGGCGAUUGGUUCCUUCAGAGAAUUUUCUUCGUAAAUUUGUUCCAAACACUCAAAAAUCUCACGACCAUUCUUGCCUAGCUUUGAAAGAAACUUGAUAGAGAUGCGCUGUUUCUCGAUCGACGAUAGUGAAAAUAGUUACUUUCAACAAGCAUACAUAAAUCCUACUUACUCGCAGAGCGCUCCGAACUGAGCAUAGAAUAGAGGGCCCCCCCUCCACAACGCCUUGACACGACGCCCCGUAUGUUUUAUAUUAUAUAUUUUACUGACAAACCUCGUAUAACAUUUGGAAUCUCAUGGAGUGAGAGUCUCGUUCACUUAGAGUCAGAUUUAUUGACCUUCCUUGAGGCUUCCUUGGAAACAAGUGACAUUAUGACGCUUCCUUGAUUUAAAUUUUCAUUUCACAGUAGGCUGUAACAGUUAUCACAAACUGUCAUCGAUGUCAGAAAGAUUUUACUUUGCUGGCCGUAUCUAUAUUUAGCAUUUUUAAGAUAAAAUUGGGACGAUUUGGAUAUUUGUACCAAAUAUCAAUAAACAAUGCAAAACAAUAAUGUUUGCUUCAUCGAAUUACAGAGCAAUUACAGAGAAGCCAAAAAUUGAAUAUAGGCAACCAGUUGUACUGAACUGCUCUGCUGGUUGCAGUUUGUAGAUGACAUUAAAAACAUAUUUUACACCCAAAUUUUUUAUUGUUGUACAUUAUUAUGUUUGUUUAUGGAAGAAAAGAAGUUGAGCGAUGAGAAGAUGCCUUGGUAGAUAUUUUUUGAUCACAUUUCGCAAAUUAAUAAAAUUGAAAGUUCACAGAAGGGGAAAUAAUUGAUAUAUGGGGUUGUCCAAAACGGAAGCAGGAAAGUAAACGCAUAUUAAAACAAGAAAGAUUGAUAUUCAAAUCAAGUUUGGUACUUUAUUUUGAAGGUUCAUUUAUACCAUUUAUGUAUGAAAAAUAGUAUCGCUCAAAUGUUCACCACGACUGGAUUUACAGACGUCCACGUGAUCGUCGAAAUUUUCAAUGACAUUUUGCAACAUGGUCGGUUCUAUGGCAUUUAUCUCGGCAAUGAUGUUGUUUUUGAGUUCUUGGAGGGUGGCUGGUUUGUUGACGUAGACUUUGCUUUUCAAAUAUCCCCAUAAAAAGAAGUCCAAGGGAGUCAAAUAGCACGAUCUUGAUGGCCAUGGCACAUUUCCUCUUGCGCGAAAUCCCGCGAUCACCGAAGAAGGACUGCAAUCGAUGGAUAUUGACCUCGGUUGUGUGGCAUGUUGCACCGUCUUGUUGGAAAUAAACAUCGUCCAUAUCCAUUCCUUCAAGUUGCGGCAAAAAAUAGUCCUCUAUCAUCACGUGAUAUCGCUCAGAAUUGACGGUAACGGCGUCCCCGGCCGCAUUUUCGAAAAAGUAAGGUCCGAUGAUGCCUUUUGUCCACAAUGCACACCACACAGUCACUUUUUGAGGAUGCAUCGGCUGCUCUUGAUACUCACGGGGAUUUUCGUUCGCCCAGAUGCGGCAGUUUUGCUUGUUUACCGUCCCAUUCAAAGUGAAAUGCGCUUCGUCGCGGAACAUGAUUUUUGAUGAAAAAUUGGCAUCAAUUUGGCAGUGUUCAAGGAGCCAAUCUGAGAACGUUCGGCGCGAAAAAUGGUUGGCCCGACGCAGCUCUUGCGUCAAUUGGAUCUUUUAGGCGUGUACAUUCAAAUCCUUGUGGAGAAUGCGGAGCAAACUGGUUCUCGAAAUGCCCAAUUCUUGGGAUCGACGCGUUGUUGAUUGUUUCGGAUCGUCUCUCACACUCUCCUUCACAACAGCAAUAUUUUCCGGUGUGCGAACGCUCCUUGGCCGGCCAGAGCCUGGCAGAUUUGCCACAGAACCUGUUGCCUCGAAUUUACGCACCAGACGACCGAUGGCUGUUUCGUUUGGGCGGUUGUUGCGACCGAAAUGUUCACGAAGCGCGCGAAACGUGUUUUUUAUUUUUGCACCAUUUUUGUAGUGCUCUUGAAUAACUUUAAUGCGGCCUUCAAUCGAAUACGACUCCAUAGCGAUCAAUGGUACCUAAACAUUCAACUAACAAAAUGACAUGUCGGUGACAGAAAACAAAGAUGGCGUCUAUGUCAAAUUGACGUUUACUUUUCUGCGUCCCUAUUGGACAACCCUUUAUAAGACAUAUUAAAAAAAGUAUGGCCUACACAUUUGUAUCCGAUAAAGAGUCUAUAUUUUCAUGUUGCAUGAUCGAUUUGAAAGAUCAAUGGUAAGGUUAUGUUAAAGCAGGUUAGGUUGUUUUCGAAUAAUACUUUGCUCCUGACAUAAGGUAUUCUACUCAUAAUUUGUUUUUCAAAACAAAAACUCCCCAAUAAAAUUAUUAUUAAGGUAUCACUCAAAACCAUGAUAUAAAAUGAAAAUAAAAAUAAUCAGUGAAAUAACCUAACUUCA